UAACGCUUAUGUGAAUAAAAACACAACAGGAGAAAAUGCAAAUAUUUAUGUAGUUUUUACUGCCCCUAAACUUUCUAUUCACCUGAUAAGUAAAUUUGGUAGUUGGUUGUUUUUGUAAUUUUCAAAAUGUCUAUUCCAUUCUACUGACAUCCACUCAAGUAUUUUGUUGUAUGAUGCACUGAUAUUUUCUAAACAGGUUGAAAAUCAAAAUUUGCUAAGUUUUAAACAGUAAGUACAUGAAAAAUAUUGGGCUUACAGCUUUUAUUUGUAAGUUUUAAAAUUAUUUGUUUGGUGCUUUUAUUGUCUCGUACUACAAAAAGACAAAAGUUAUUGUAAUUAUUUUUGGACAUACAUUGAACAAAGUGGCUGAAAUAUAUCUAACACAUAUCUAAUAAAUGGCUGAAACAUCAGCAAAGAGUUAAAGAAAAACACUUGGAUUCACACUGUGUGAUACAGUAAAAAGUACUUAAUUGCAAAAUUGAAGAUACUUUGUCUAUUAUUGUGGAGAAACUGCAAGACAUGAAAAAGCCAGAGUAAAGAACUGUAGGAUUUGCUAGGAGCCUCUGUAUGAAUCUGUAAAAUUUGUGAGAAAGUAAACAACUGAUUAAUAAAAUUCAACAAGGAAAUAAAACUUUAAGGUUUUACAUAAGCUCGAUAAAAAUCUAUUUCAUGAAGUUGUACUAAAAUAUACAACUAAAUAAAAUUCUUCCAAUUAUGGGUUUUACAAACAACAAGAGGUUCUGCCUUCCUGAACACCCGCCUCCUUCCAGUCCAGCUGGGCGCGUCGCCCUGUUCCUCAGUCAGAUGAACCAAGAUGAGCUCCAUGAAGGAGGUGAACCCGAGGGUCCUUGGGAUUAGAGACCCUGUGAGCCUGCAGAGCCUGGCUGCACGAAUCACUGAGCAGAUCGCACAGGGGGAGCAGAAACCUUUUCAGAGGGUGAUCGAUGUCAGCUCUGGGGAUCCCCACAGGGCCGGGAUGCCGCCCCUUUCAUUUGCUCGCCAGGUCUUGGCAGCCUGUUUGUACCCCGAGCUCCUGAAGGAAAGCAGUUUUCCUGUGGAUGUUCAUCAGAGGGCAGAGAAGCUGCUGGGUGCCUGUAAUGGAGGCACUGUUGGCUCCUACUCUGCCUCCUCCUGUGGGCUACCCCAAAUACAGAAAUCUGUAGCUGAGUUCAUCACAAGGAGAGAUGGUGGUGUGGCUUCAGAUCCAGAGGACAUCAUCUUCUCCAGUGGUUCCCAGAGGACCUUAAAGCUGGUUCUGCACUUGCUGUCCAGUGGACAGGGGCCCACUCAGACAGGUAUGCUGACCCCACUCCCAUGUCCACACACCCUGCCAAUGCUGCUGGACGAGGUGGGGGUCAAACUGGUGCCAUACAGACUGCUGGAAGAGGGAGGUUGGGCCCUAGACCUGGAGGAGCUGCACCGAGCCCUGAAGGCCGCCAGGAGGCACUGUGAGCCCAGAGCUAUUUACAUCAGUAACCCAGGAAACCCCACAGGUCAUGUACAAGACCUAAAAACCAUAGAAGAAGUGAUUCGUUUUGCUGCAUCAGAGCGACUCGUUCUGUUAGUAGAAGAGGUGUAUCAGGACAGUGUGUUUGGACAGGACAAGAAGUUUCUUUCAUACAAAAAAGUCCUGUUUGAGAUGGGAGCAUCCUACUCAGAGAGAGUGGAGAUGGUGUCGUUCCAUUCAAUAUCGGCAGGCACAAUAGGAGAGUGUGGUUUGAGAGGAGGCUAUAUGGAGGUCAUCAACAUGGACCUGCUGGUCAAAAACUUUUUAACGAGCAUGCAGGGUCCUUUCAGCCCACCAGUGUUACCAAAGUUGGCACUGGAAAUCAUGGUCAAUCCACCAUCACCUGGUGAUGCUUCAUAUGAAGUAUUUACCAAGGAAAUUCUUCAGAAAGUGGAAACUCUCACCCAAAACGCUCAACGAGCAUGUGAGUUUCUAAACGGCGUUCCAGGGAUGAGCUGCCAGCAGGUGAUGGGUGGAAUCUUCCUUUAUCCUCGUCUGCAUUUACCUGCUGAAAUAAUACAAGAAGCUAAGAGAUCAGGGCUGCGGGCUGAUGUUCUGUACUGUAAGAAGUUACUGGAGGAGGAAGGUGUUUGUUUGGGUCCAGGCUCUGAGAACGGACAUGACGAUGAAAACUAUCACAUUAGACUCUGUAUUUCAGCUCCAGCUGCAGUUCUCGAAGACGUCCUGAAACGUCUUCGGUCUUUUCACCUGCGGAUCCAGGACAGACAUCACUGACAGAGAUCCAAAGGAUACAAACUCCGCAGAGAAAAAACAGCUAAACAAAAAACAUCCUAAAAUCGCUUUGAAUUUUAAACCUGAUAAACAAUACUUGAACAGAGUGAAGAAAACCUAAUUUUAAUUAAAGCGUGCUGUACUGCAGGUCCUGCGGUUAAAGAUCA